AUCUCUCUCACUUCUGUCCCUAAGUAUCUGGCCCAUCCCCUACCAGCCCUGGACUCUUUCAUUCCAUCAAGACGGACGUCACUAGUUAAAGGAGUACGCAUUAGACGAAAUCUCGACUCCCUUCUACUUAUUCUGGCCUCCUAAAUCGCUUCUUAGUACCAAGCAGCGUUCGCUCAACAACCUCGUUACCGGGUCAUCUCGUCUAUACUCAUCAUACGUCUGAAAUCUCCACUCAAAUCAGAACCAAGUCAUCAUGUCUUCCGCCAUUGCCUCCCAAGCAGGCCAAAUCCUGCGUGAAAUGUUCAAGAUCCCCAGUCGUGCCCGGGAGCAAGCAGGCACUACCUGGAGGAGUCUCAGACAAACCGAGAAACCAAAGAAAGAACUCCUUCAAACCUCGCUUAUGAUCCAUCGGCCCAUCUGGAUUACUGGAGUGGCGGGCACUUAUACAACGGCUUAUGCCUGUUACCUGACUAUGAAGUACCUGCGAAAGCUGAAGCGUUAAGAAUAUGCCGCUCUGCCAAUACUUCUGCUCAAUCUCCUUACUGUUUGUCUUUUCCAGUUUACAACUUCCCGUCUCUUCACUACCGUUUAUGGAGAGGACAAUCUGUUUUUUUGUGGUUGACAAUUCGUUAUUCUUCAAUGCCUGUCGUUUAGGUUUCUGUCCAGGUAUCCAACACGAAAUAUUAUACGCAUUCAAAUC